UUCACUUUCUCGCCCUUGCUCUCAAUGUCUCGACUACUCCCCUUCGUAUCGACUCUUGUAAUCCUCACUGGCGUCGUUCUAUGUAGUGAUCCCAGAGCAGUGACGCUGCAUAGUCGCCAGGGCCUCAAUAUCCCCCCAGAGUGUCAGAGUACCUGCGCACCCAUCACACCUGCUCUACAGUCGCGCAAUUGUUCGAAGGAGCAGUGCUGCACGGUAACAUUCGACAACGGUCUCCGGGAUUGCUUUCUCUGCAUUGGCACAGUCAAUGGCACCCAGGAUUAUACAGAACCUCAGCAGGUCUUGGACAUGUUCGUGAGCAGCUGUGCUGCUCAGGGUGCUCCUAUUCCUCGGUUGACGCUUCCUGGGCAAGAUAAUGGUCGCUCCUCGUCAAGCUUCAAUCCGUCCACGCUUCAGUCAUCCACAGGUUCACCAACACAAUCGACGACGCCUUCUACUCCCACACAGUCUCCCUCGUCUCAGACGACCAAUAACUCCAGGGUCCCUGAACGUUGGGACAUCAAUAUGAAGGGCCUGGGUGUGAUUGUUCUGGGUGCUUUGGCUCGUGUGGCCGGGGUCUUCUGAUAAAUUAUAUUUCACAUGUUCAAUGUUCAGUGCAUCCUUUCAAACCCU